GUCAAACUUGCAUGCCUGCGAUCCGAAUGUUAUCUAUCUGUAUACCACUUUACUAGUUUCAUUCACAUAUAAAGAUUAUUAUUCAUUCAAACUAUUACUGAAUCAAGCAUCAAUGGAGGGAGAGAGACACUACAGAGGGAUUCGUAGGAGGCCAUGGGGCAAAUUCGCUGCUGAGAUUAGAGACCCAACCAGGAAAGGGACUCGUAUUUGGCUUGGAACCUUUGACACUGCUGAACAAGCUGCUAGAGCCUAUGACGCUGCUGCUUUCCAUUUUCGUGGUCAUAGAGCCAUUCUCAAUUUCCCAAAUGACUAUGUCGCUGCUUCUUCUUCUUCUUCCGGUUCUUCUAGAAGAUCACAACAACAGCAAGAACAUAUGCAUCAACUUGAGUUGGAAUACUUUGACAACAAGUUGUUGGAAGAACUCCUUCAGGGGCAAGAUGCUAGCUCCACAGCUGGAAACUGCAUUCUGUAAAUAAGAGAUUUCAUUUCAUUUGUUUAGAUAAAUUAUAGAGUUGCGUUCUUUUAUUUCUAUCAUAUAGGGAUCUACCAUUCUAUUUGUUCUUGGAUUGAUCAAUGUCGAAGGUGUUCAUUGUUUUA